AACCUUACACAUGCAGAUAUAUGUACAUAGGAAAUGAAAUGGCACCAGCUUCUCCUGAUACCGAAGACAGCAGACGUAAUUAUACAUUUGCACAGUCUAUGGAAGCAGUCGACAGAAAUGCUGCCAUAGACCCAUGCAGUGCUCAAUGGAUCUUGAUAUGGAUGUACGGAUCUUAUGUUGACGAAAUCCCGACUAAUUCACAACGACGUAACAUUGAUGUCUUCUACAAAACAAUGAUUGACAUGUGUAACAAUGGUAGACAAUGCUUCGAAACAUUUACAUCGUCAUUUCCACCACAAACCGAAAGUCGCCGUGCACUUCUGGGAUGGAUACAAAUGGCAGAGAAUUCCUGCCGCAUAAAGAAUGGACUUCCAUCUAAAAUAUUUAAUUAUCGGGAGCUAAUGAAGCGAUGGCGUUACCCAGAUGGAUACUUGUAAUACCCACACAUUCA